AUGGAGUCCAACUGUCGCAAACUUGUGUCAGCCUGUGUUCAGCUAGGCGCGCACGUAGACUUUGGCGUCCUUUUGCCGAUGAACUGCAUGAAAGACCCGUUAAGCCUGGAGCGCCUGGGAGCCGGGAAUAAGCUGUGCUCCUCCUCACCUUCCUCCUCCUCCUCUUCAUCAUCUUGCCACCACCACCAGCCCGCGCUGGCCAUGGCUACCGCGCUGGCGCCGGGGCAGGCUCGCUCCUCCUUGGAGUCCGCCAAGCACCGGCUGGAGGUGCACACCAUCUCCGACACCUCCAGCCCAGAGGCCACAGAGAAAGAUAAGAGCCAGCAGAGCAAGAGCGAGGAUGCGGGAUCCGAGGACCCCUCCAAGAAGAAGAGACAACGGCGGCAGCGGACUCAUUUCACGAGCCAGCAGCUGCAGGAGCUGGAGGCCACUUUCCAGCGGAAUCGCUACCCGGACAUGUCCACCCGGGAGGAGAUCGCCGUCUGGACCAACCUCACCGAAGCCAGGGUUAGGGUUUGGUUCAAGAACCGCAGAGCCAAAUGGAGAAAGAGAGAGAGGAACCAGCAAGCCGAGCUUUGCAAAAAUGGCUUUGGUCCACAGUUUAACGGCCUCAUGCAGCCCUACGAUGACAUGUACCCCGGCUACUCUUACAACAACUGGGCAGCCAAAGGCCUGACCUCCGCUUCCCUCUCCACCAAAAGCUUCCCUUUCUUCAACUCCAUGAAUGUCAACCCUCUGUCUUCUCAGAGCAUGUUCUCCCCUCCAAACUCCAUCUCCUCCAUGAGUAUGUCUUCAAGCAUGGUACCCUCCGCAGUCACGGGGGUCCCCGGCUCCAGCCUCAACAGCCUGAAUAACUUGAACAACUUGAGCAAUCCCUCCCUGAAUUCUGCAGUGCCAACGCCAGCCUGUCCUUAUGCUCCUCCAACACCUCCUUAUGUAUAUAGGGACACAUGUAACUCCAGCUUGGCGAGUCUGAGACUUAAAGCCAAGCAGCACUCCAGUUUUGGCUAUGCCAGUGUGCAGAACCCCGCUUCCAACCUGAGUGCUUGCCAGUACGCUGUGGACAGACCCGUGUGA